ACACAUGAUGUCAUUGAGUGAAAACACUUGCUCUUGCUUAAAAUCUUUUUCUGAAAGGUGUUUUUGUAAUGGGAUUGAACGAAAUAUCAAUGAUGGUAUUUAGAUGGCUCACACUGCCUUCCAGUUUCAACAUUAUAGGGUGCCUUCCACACUUCUACCAUCUUGUCAUUGCCUUAUUUAUGUGUGCUCAAGCAAAGUCUGAAUUGAAUUGCACAAAUUUGUGUUGUUAUUGCAUGGAGAAGAUCCUUGAACGGUAUGAGAGAUACUCAUAUGCAGACAGGCAGCUUUCAGCAACUGAAUUGGACUCACAGGGAAACUGGACUCUGGAACAUGCAAAGCUCAAGGCAAGAGUGGAGACGUUACAAAGAAGCCAAAGGCACUUUAUGGGAGAAGAUUUAGAUUCCUUGAGUCUUAGGGAGCUUCAAAAUUUGGAGCACCAGAUUGAUGCAGCUCUUAAACACAUUAGGUCAAGAAAGAACCAACUCAUGCAUGAAUCCAUUUCUGAUCUCCAGAAGAAGGACAAAGCAUUGCAGGAUCAAAAUAGCUUGCUUGCAAAGAAGGUCAAGGAAAAGGAGAAGGAGCUGGCCCAACAGGUUCAGUGGGAGCAGCAGAAUCAUGACUUGAACCCAUCCUCAUUGGUUCCGUCACAUCCCAUGGACAUUGGUGAUGCGUACCAGGCAGGAGGCAGUGGAGAAGUAGAAGACAUUACUCCGCGGCAUCAUCAAACUAACACAGUCAUGCCCCCUUGGAUGCUUCGCCACCUUAAUGGAUAG